AUGGAGGGGCUGGGCGAGGCGUAUGAGGCGAGGUUGAAGAUUCUCUUCGAGGAGCACAUGCACGAAGACGAAGAAAUCCGCUACAUCCCCUCCGGCUCGGGCUUCUUCGACCUGCGCGAGCACAGCGGGCCGGACGAGGAGGGGAUCCGCGUACACGUUACGCCGGGCGAUUUACUUGUCGUACCGGCGGGGAUAUAUCAUCGGUUUACGCUUGAUGAGGGGGAUCGGAUCAAGGCUAUGCGGUUGUUCAAGGAGGAGCCGAAGUGGACGCCGCAUAAUCGCAGCCAGGAGACGGACCAGAACCCGUUCAGGCUCGGCUAUCUUGAAUCGUUGAAGGGCGGUGCCAUAUCUGUCGCCUGA